AUGGGGAGCUCUCGAAGGCGAGGACGACCGCGAAAAUUGGUGUCACCGCCGCCGGCUAACAACACGACUCCGACGAAGGAUACAGGAAAUGUGACUGAUAAAGGAAGCAUCAAGAAGACUACAACUGUGGCUGCGACUGCGAUUGAAGAUCCAGAAACGCAGGUCAAGGAAAAGACUGUUGAACAGCAAAGUGGGAUCGAUGAGGAUGAAAAACUACCGAAGAAGCUCUGGGUUGAUGCAAUUGCUGGGAAUCGAGUUCAAUCAAAUGGCAAGGCUAUCGAAUUCAUCGCACCGAAGAUUGUGAAUGACGAAAAGGAGAUUGAAAUGGAAUAUGAUGACAUCGCUUCUGAGGUAAAUUUCUGGGAAAACGCUAUCAUUAUGUAUGUCAUAGGUAGAAAUCUCAGUAUGAAUGCUGUUAAACUCUUCAUGAUGAAAACCUGGAAUUUUGUCCAACUCCCUAAGAUGUUUUACAAUGAAGAAGGAUAUUUCAUUCUGAAAUUUAGGUCAACUGAGGAUAGAGACUUAGUGUUGAUGAAGGGACCUUAUACUAUUCAGAAUAUGCCUAUGCUCAUCAGGAUCUGGGACCAGAAUUUCUGCCUAAAGAGAGAUAUGCUCAAAACUGUACCUGUUUGGGUGAAACUCCCACAACUACCCUUGCAUCUCUGGGGCCCUCGAAGUUUAAGCAAGAUAGGAAGUGUGAUUGGCAAUCCCCUGUUCACAGAUGAGUGUACUGCAAACAAACUAAGGGUAUCCUAUGCAAGGAUUUUGGUGGAAAUUGAUAUUACACAGAAACUUGCUGAAACAGUCACCAUAAAGGGCAUUGAUGGAAAUAGGUUAAGUCAGCCUAUUGAAUAUGAGUGGAAGCCAAUAUACUGUGAAGUCUGCCAGAGGGUGGGACAUGACUGCAAGGUAAGAGAAAAACCUGUUGGACAAAAGAAAUGGAUUGAAAAGCCUGCACAAAAGAAGCAAGAGCAGAUAGCUAUCAAAGAAAAGGACAAUGUGGACCCAGAAGUGGACAAAUGGACAACUGUAGAGAGGAGAAAAAGAACUGCUGACAAAGGCAAAAGCAUCAUAAAGGACACUGAUAUAAUAAAUGAUGAAAAUACUCCAUCAACUAGUCUACUUGAUCAGAAUAUCUUCUCUCCCAUAGGAGUUUUGAGUGACUCUGGUGGGAUUGUAGAUGGAAGGAAUAAGGAGGUCAGAAAUAGACUCCAAACCCUCAGGCCUGCUAUUGCAAUUUUGAUAGAAACAAGAGUUAAACAGAGUAAAGCUAGUGACAUUUUGAAUAAGCUGGGUCAGAAAUGGUCUUGCAUUGACAACUAUGAGAAACACAGCAAUGGGAGAAUCUGGAUCCUUUGGGAUGAUAAUAAAAUUGAUAUAAAGAAGGUACACAACACAGAUCAAAUGAUCUUUUGUAAGGUCUCACAUAAAGAUGGUACAACUAAGUUUUGGCUCACUGCUAUUUAUGGCCAAAACAAGUUACAACUCAGAAGGGCUCUCUGGCAGGACAUUGAUGAUUGUAAGGAUAGAGUGAAUGGCCCUUGGUGUCUUAUUGGGGACUAUAACAAUGUGAGACAAACUGAGGAUAGAAUUGGUGGUAAAGAGGUGCAGCAGUCUGAAUAUGUGGACAUGGUGGACAUGAUGGAAAAAGUAGGGCUGUUUGAAAUGGAGAGCAUAGGUGACCAUUUUACUUGGAGCAACAAACAUACUCAGGGGGUGAUCUAUUCCAGGAUAGACAGAAUUCUUGGCAAUGUUGAGUGGUUCAUUCAGCAAAAAGACUCUACUCUGAAGUUCCUUGAACCAGGCAUCUCUGAUCACAAUUUACUUUGUCUCCAAGAGCAGGACCAGACACACCCUAGUAGAUAUCAUUUCAAAUUUCUAAAUAUGGUGGCUGACAUGGAAAACUUUCAGCAGACUGUGGAGAGGAAUUGGAAUGAACCUAUCAUAGGUGGGGCUAUGUACAGAUUUUGGAAGAAGUUACAAAGACUUCAACCAACAAUCAGGGAGUUUAGCAAACCUAUUCAUGACAUUCCAAAGCAAUUGGAUAAAGCCAGAGCUGACUUAUCUAGGGCCCAAAAAGAACUGCUUGAGGAUAGAAUGAAUAGCCAGAAAAUUGAUCAAGUAAGAGUAUACACAGAAGAGGUGAUUAAGUGGAAUCAAAUUGAAGAGAAAUCAGUGAUGCAAAAAGCUAAAAUUGAUUGGAUGAGGCAUGGGGAUGGGAAUACUGCUUAUUUCUAUGCAACCCUCAAAAGCAAAAACAAGCAGACUGGUAUACAUACCUUGCAAAAAGAUGAUGGGACAAUUCUGACAGACCAAAGAGACAUUAAAAGGGAGGUCUUGGGCUUCUACAGAAACCUCUUAGGUUCUGCUGCAAGCAACAUGACAGGGAUUGACCUAAUAGCUAUGAGGCAAGGGCCUUGUCUUAAUGAUGACCAAAGGAGCCAAUUAAUUAAACCUGUGACUGAUAAGGAGAUCCAUUCAGCCCUUUGGAGUAUUGGAGAAAUUAAAAGCCCUGGUGUUGAUGGCUAUGGGUCUAGAUUUUUCAAAGGAGCAUGGAUCAUAAUAAAAGAUGACAUGACACAAGCUGUUCGGGAAUUUUUCACUGCAGGGAAGAUGUAUAAAGCCAUAAACUGUACAUUGGUGACUCUAAUCCCUAAGUCUAGUGCUGCUAAGACAAUAAAGGAUUAUAGGCCAAUAUCCUGUUGCUCCACCAUUUACAAGGUCAUAUCCAAAAUUAUGACAACCAGGCUCAGUACAGUUUUGAGAAGUAUCAUUCACCCUAGCCAGGCUGCAUUUGUGCCAGGCCAAAGAAUCCAUGAUCACAUCUUGCUGGCAUAUGAACUGAUCCGAGGGUACACUAGGAAAGGUGGAAUUCCAAGAUGUAUGUUGCAAAUGGAUAUACAGAAGGCUUAUGAUAGCAUAGAGUGGUGUGCUUUGGAGAGUAUCCUUAGAGAAUUGGGUAUCCCUCAUACUUUUACUAAUUGGAUCAUGCUUGCAGUGUCCACAGUGUCCUACAAGUUCAACAUAAAUGGUAUCCAUUCUGACCAUAUCCAGGCUAGAAGAGGAUUGAGACAGGGUGACCCCCUCUCUCCUCUCCUAUUUGUGAUGGUAAUGGAGUAUUUGUAUAGAUCUCUGCAAAAGUUAAGUAAAAGCCCUGAUUUCAAAUUUCACUCCAAAUGCAAGGAACUCCAGCUUGUAAAUAUUUGCUUCGCAGAUGAUCUAUUAAUGUUUGCUAGAGGUGAUCAUGCGACCAUAAAACUGAUGAUGGAGAAGUUCUUGGAUUUUACUAAGUCCACGAGUUUAGCAGUCAACCCUUCGAAAUGCAGAGCUUACUUUGGAGGUGUGAAGGAUGAGGUGAAGCAAACAAUCCUUUGUGUGACUGAUUUUGUUGAGGGUUCCUUACCUUUUAGGUACUUGGGUAUACCCUUAACUAGCAAAAGAUUAACUGUCCAACAAUGCAUGAUUUUUGUUGACAAGUUGGUAGCUAAAAUUCGACACUGGAGUGGAAGAUUACUCAGUUUUGCUGGGAGGCUACAGUUGAUAAAUAGUGUGCUUCACUCCAUAACACACUAUUGGAUGAGUUGUAUUCCCCUGCCCCAAACAAUCAUCCAAUGCAUUGACAAAAUCUGUAGAAUAUUUCUGUGGACAGGUAAAGAGGAGGAAACAAGGAAAUCCCCUGUGGCUUGGAGAAAGAUUUGUAAUCCAAAAAACAAGGGUGGGCUGAACCUAGUGCACCUGGAGGACUGGAAUCGUGCCAACCUUAUAAAGCUCUUAUGGAACAUUUGCAACAAGGCUGACAGCCUAUGGGCGCGAUGGAUACACACCUUCGAUAUAAAAGGAGAAGACAUUAUGCAAAUGGAAAAUAAGACUGAUGGAUCUUGGAUCAUGAAGGCAAUAAUGAAGAUGAGGGAUGUUGUGAUACAAAUGAAUCUCUGGCAGAAAUUGAAGGAUCUGGUCAGGAUAAAAGUGAGAGACAUAUACCUUCAUAUUAGUGAUUUUGGGCCUGAUGUACAUUGGAGAAAAAUACUGUUUGAUAACAAGGCUAGACCACGAGCGAAAUUUGUGACAUGGAUGACAUGCCAUGGAAAUCUUGCAACAAAGGAGAGAUUGAAACGAUUUGGUAUGCUACAUACUGAUCACUGUGGUUUCUGCAAGGCUCAAGAAACCAUUGAACAUCUGUUUUUUGAAUGCAGAGUGAUGAAACAAAUCUGGAGCCAAAUUUUGGAUUGGUUACAAGUGAAGCAUAACCCAAGGGGUUGGAAUAUGGAACUGGCAUGGAUGCUGCAGCAGACUAAGAAAAAGAGCUGGAAAACUAAAGUCCUCAAAAUGGCUUUUAGUGAAACUAUCUAUGCUUACUGGAGGCUGAGAAACGAUACUGUGUUUGGUAAUACUGUACAAAUUGAUACCAUAGGACCAAACAUUAUAGAUACCUUGAUAUAUAGGGCUUGGAUGAACCCCAAGUUGAGAACACAUAUUGGUUCUCUAAUGAUGUAA